AUGACCUCGGAUAUGUGUGCUUCAGUGUGGGGUUGGAAGGAAGUCCCGGCUGAACGCCUUCGGUCGCUCGCUGCCAACGAGGAAAAGGUCGCCGGGUCGGGCUCCUCCAACGGCGUAAUUUCCUCGCCCCCGAAAAAGCACGGAGAUGAUCUGGCUACCGAUCUUUCGCACCACUGUGCAACGGCCUCGGCUGGGCGGCCACCUCGUCACGAACGUACGCUCUUUCUAGUGCUCCGCCAUUCGGCUACGGUUUCCCCUCAGAAGUACUACCUAAUACACCUCAGAAUCAACAGCAACGGAAAGUAUUUCACCAGUGCAAGCGCUGACCACCACCUCUGGGGCUCAUGCCCGCAAUUUGUAGCGCCGAGGGAGAGUCUCCAUGACGGCGCUACUGAGCAGGAAGAAAGGAGAAUUGCACCUGGGCCGAAAGGUAUAGAUGGUGGUCUGCCGGCCCGAGCCGAUGAUACCGAUCACCUUGUGAGGGAAAUCAUGGGAGUGGCGUUGAUCCUGGAACGGACGACGCUGGCGUUGUAUUUGCUUCGGAUCUGA